GGUCCCCACUCUUAAAGUGCCAACUUGAGCGCCAUGUCCGACUCCCCUCCACCUCCAUCUUGGAGCAUCAGCAGCAUGGCCAACAGUGCUGCGCAGUUCAUGCGACUACCUGUUCUUGCGUCAUCUGGUCUGGCUGUUGUUGCAAGUGGCCUCCUCUACUUCAAGCAAAAUGAACUAAUCUACCCCCGCAAUGUCCCAGUGGAUGCGCGCACAAAUGUCCCCAGUCCUCGUCAAUUUGGCAUCAGCGACUUUGAAGACCUCCAGAUCCCUACGCCCGACGGAGAGUCUUUAAACGCCCUUUUUCUCCGGCAACGACCAGGUCGCUUUUCUCGCAAUCUGACAGUCCUGAUGUUUCACGGAAAUGCAGGCAACAUCGGCCACCGUGUCCCUAUCGCCAAAGCUUUGCAAGAUACGCUUCAGUGCGAUGUUUUUCUACUAGAAUACCGUGGAUACGGGAUGUCUACAGGCACACCGGAUGAAGCUGGUAUCAAGAUCGAUGCUCAAACCGGCCUUGAUUACUUACGACAACGCCCAGAGACAAGAGACACCGAGAUUGUUGUCUACGGACAAAGUUUAGGUGGCGCGGUGGCUAUCAAUCUAGUUGCCACCAACGAAGAGCAAGGUGAUAUCGCAGGACUGAUCUUGGAGAACACUUUCCUGAGCAUUCGGAAGUUGAUUCCAAAGUAUUGUCUUCCCCCAGCACGAUACCUGGCACGUUUCUGCCACCAAUAUUGGACCAGUGAAGAUGUGCUGCCUAAUAUCACCAAAACUCCGGUUCUUUUCCUGAGUGGUCUCAAGGACGAGCUUGUUCCUCCGUCCAAUAUGACCCAAUUAUUUGCCGUUUGCCAGUCCGAAUGCAAGAUCUGGCGCACACUCCCAAACGGCGGUCAUAAUGACUCUGUUGCUGAGCCAGGCUACUUCGAGCACAUUCUUUCCUUCAUUACGGAAGAAGUGCUAUCUAAUAAACAGUAAACCGAUGCGACUUACUCCUCUUGCUUGGGGGUUUAGAAUCCCCUCUAGCGAACCCUUUGCCUA